UAGUGCAGCAGCUGCAAGACAGAGAGAGAGAGAGAGAGAGAGAGAGAGAAUAAAGCCUCGGGUCCCUUGCAGCUCGCUGUCUUCUCUGAACUCAAGCCCCUCGUCCUGUCACCAUGCCCCAGCCUCUGACCGACCAGGACAGGCGGAAGCAGAUCUCCGUGCGCGGCCUCGCCGGAGUGGAAAACGUCUCCGACCUGAAAACCAACUUCAACCGGCACCUGCAUUUCACCCUGGUCAAGGACCGCAAUGUGGCCACCAAGCGGGAUUACUACCUGGCCCUGGCCAACACCGUGCGGGAUCACCUGGUGGGCAGAUGGAUCAGGACGCAGCAGCAUUACUACGAGACAGACCCGAAGCGUGUGUACUACCUCUCUCUGGAGUUCUACAUGGGCCGUACCCUACAGAACACCAUGGUGAAUCUGGCUCUGGAGGGCGCCUGUGAUGAGGCCACCUACCAGUUGGGUCUGGAUAUGGAGGAGCUCCAGGACAUUGAGGAGGAUGCAGGCCUGGGCAACGGAGGCCUGGGCCGUCUGGCAGCUUGCUUCCUCGACUCGAUGGCGUCUCUGGGCUUGGCAGCUUAUGGUUAUGGAAUCCGUUAUGAGUUUGGCAUUUUCAACCAAAAAAUUGUCAAUGGUUGGCAGGUUGAGGAGGCAGAUGAUUGGCUGCGCUAUGGUAACCCGUGGGAGAAGGCCCGUCCUGAGUACAUGCGUCCUGUGCAUUUUUAUGGCCGAGUAGAGCACCAGCCUGAUGGAGUUAAAUGGGUGGACACUCAGGUGGUUCUGGCCCUGCCUUAUGACACUCCAGUACCUGGAUACAGAAAUAAUGUGGUAAACACCAUGAGACUGUGGUCAGCCAAAGCCCCCUGCGAAUUUAACCUCAAAGACUUUAAUGUGGGUGGCUACAUCCAGGCUGUUCUGGACAGGAAUUUGGCUGAGAAUAUUUCCCGCGUGCUCUACCCCAACGACAAUUUCUUUGAGGGCAAGGAGCUGCGUCUCAAACAGGAGUAUUUUGUGGUGGCAGCUACUCUUCAGGACAUCAUCCGCCGCUUCAAGGCCUCUAAGUUCGGCUCGACAGAGUUGGUGCGCACAGACCUGACAAAGUUACCUGAGAAGGUGGCCAUCCAGCUGAACGAUACACACCCGGCCCUCGCCAUCCCUGAGCUGAUGAGGAUCCUGGUGGAUGAAGAGAAAGUGUCCUGGGAAACAGCAUGGGACAUCACUGUGCGCACCUGUGCCUACACUAACCACACCGUUCUUCCAGAGGCUCUGGAACGUUGGCCUGUGGACCUGUUCCAGAACCUCCUGCCUCGCCACCUGGACAUCAUCUUUCAGAUCAACCAGCGCCACCUGGAGCGAGUCUCCGCUCAGUACCCUGGCGAUAAUGACCGUCUGAGGCGCAUGUCUCUGAUCGAAGAAGGAGGACUGAAGAAGAUCAACAUGGCUCAUUUGUGCAUCGUUGGCUCGCAUGCUGUAAACGGCGUGGCUCGGAUCCAUUCUGAAAUCAUUAAAAACACAGUGUUCAAGGACUUUUAUGAUCUGGACCCGCAGAAGUUCCAAAACAAAACCAAUGGUAUCACCCCUCGCCGCUGGCUGGUUAUGUGCAACCCUGGUCUGGCAGAAGUCAUCGCUGAGCGGAUUGGUGAGGACUACAUUCGUGAUUUGGAUCAGCUGAAGAAACUCUUGGAGUUUGUGGAUGAUGAGUCCUUUAUUCGAGACGUUGCCAAGAUUAAACAGGAGAACAAGAUGAAAUUCGCUGUGCAUCUUGAAGAACAUUAUAAGGUUAAAAUCAACCCAAAUUCGAUGUUUGACGUUCAAGUGAAGAGAAUCCAUGAGUACAAGAGGCAGCUGAUGAACUGCCUGCACAUCAUCACACUCUAUAACCGCAUCAGGAAGGAACCCAACAAGUCCUGGACCCCCAGGACGAUUAUGAUCGGAGGGAAGGCUGCUCCAGGGUACCACAUGGCUAAGAUGAUCAUUAAGCUCAUCACAUCUAUUGGAGAUGUGGUGAAUAACGACCCAGUGGUGGGAGACCGCCUUAAGGUCAUCUUCCUGGAGAACUACAAGGUUACACUGGCAGAGAAAGCAAUCCCAGCAGCUGAUCUGUCUGAGCAGAUCUCCACUGCGGGGACAGAAGCUUCCGGAACAGGGAAUAUGAAGUUCAUGUUGAACGGCGCUCUGACCAUCGGCACUAUGGAUGGAGCCAAUGUGGAAAUGGCCGAGGAAGCGGAGGAGGAAAACCUGUUUAUCUUCGGCAUGAGAGUGGAGGAUGUUGAGGCUUUGGAUAAAAAAGGGUACAAUGCUGCUGAGUAUUACAACCGCAUCCCAGAGCUCAAGCAAGCCAUGGAUCAAAUUUCUGGAGGAUUUUUUAGUCCCAGUCAGCCAGACCUCUUCAAGGACAUUGUCAACAUGCUAAUGAAUCAUGACAGGUUUAAAGUAUUUGCUGACUAUGAGGACUACAUUAAAUGCCAAGAUAGAGUUAGCGCUCUGUACAAGAAUACUAAGGAAUGGACCAAGAUGGUGAUCCGCAACAUCGCCGGUUGUGGCAAGUUCUCAAGUGACAGGACCAUCUCUCAGUACGCCCGUGAGAUUUGGGGUGUGGAGCCAAGUUUGGAGAAGAUCGCCGCCCCGGAUGACCCUCGUUAGGCAGCUACUCAGCAUUCAGAAGCUCUUUUCACUGGCGUUGUUCUAACAUUUAGUUAAUUUAUGCAUUGUGUUUAUAGAGAUAUGUCUAUGUGAUUCGGUCAUUGUUUGAUUGUGUAACGGAUGUCUUUCUUUCCUGUGAGAUCUGGUUGCCCGGCCUCAGUUUUAGAAAUUAACACCCAUGUUUCUGCGAGGUGUGUGACAACUUGAAGUUGAACUUGGGAACCUUAGAAAUGAAGGUUUUUAUUCAUGUUAAUCGGUACCAACUUGCAGAUGUGUAGCACAUCAGUCUGGGAACAGUAACUAAGCAUUUAAUAGUUGUAAUAUAUCUCUGAAUGUACCAUAGCAGUCAUCUAGUCUGUUUUUUUCUUAUUAACCAAAGAACAACUCAGUUGCGGAGACUUCACGUCGACCCACUGUGACAUAGAGCAGCAACUAAAGGUUUAACUGAAGGCCAGUCUGUUAGCGUCUCAUAUUCAGCCACAUGGAUGACUGUUACGUUGCGUGGACCCUGAGAUAUUCCUGCAUGAUUUUGUGUGUAGUGGUUCUGAAGUGUUUAAACAUGUUUUUAAUAGUAAUAGAGGCUUUUACUUAAUCACACCUGUUAAAGCUUAGUUGCUGAUCAUGAUGUUCAUGUGCAUAGAGAUGUAGUGUAGCACUUCUGCAUACAUUGUGUCGUCCUGUCUUUGCUCUGCACUUAAUUCAUUCAAGAGCACGCUAUGAAAAUCUGCCUUAGUUUUGCGGGUCUGUGUGUUUGAAAAUGUGUGCUAGUGCGUUCAAGAAUCUAUAGAGCCUAUUUAUCUGUACUAGUCCUCGGUGUAGAGACUGGUGAGCAAGCCACUUUAAUAAAUUUUAAUCUUUUUAAGCUAUGCUUCAAAAUAUAGAAGAUUUAGGAGUGCUUUUACUGGAGUGUGGGGAAAAAUACUAAAUUGUGUCAUGUCUGACUGUUAUUAAUCAUAGUCAAUGGCUAUAUGUACAUGACUAUAAGCUAUGGCAGUUUGGAUCUAUGCCUCUGUAAUGUACCCUGAAUGUUAAUCCUCUGUUGGUUGUAAGAGCUGAAGAUUUCACAGCAUGGGCCAACAUCUGUCACCACGAAGCAACUAAAUAAAUAAUUAAAUAAAGUAUACCACACAACAACAA